AACUCUAGAAGACAACAAAUACAAAAACUUAAAGGUCCAGUACAUAAUAGACAGAUUGGAGCUGUCAACAAAAGGAAAACGCUUGUUAGAACAAACUUAAUACAACAGAGAAAAGCUGCCAGACAACAACAGCUCACACAGAGAAGAGGUUUGAAUCAAUCUUUUCAGACUCAAGGAAUGGUGCAUGGCCAGGCACGACAAACAAUAACAGGCUUUAACCAAACACAACACCGAAUGAAGAAUAAGAGAAGAUGGAAAGGGAAUAUUGCAAGCAACAUACAACAAGGACCAUUACCCUCACAGAUUAUGACAGUGUCAGUACCGAAUGCUAGUUCUUCAGGGAAUCGAUCAGUAAGAAUUAAUCGUCAAACAAAGACUGCAUCAUCAUUAAAUGAAAGAUUUAGCAGUUCAAUACCUCAACAAGGGAGAGGAAGUGGAAGGAGGAGAAAAAACAAAAAUCAAAAAAGUAGUGUUGGAUUAUUCAGCUCUGGCAAUGAGCGUACAGUUGUAAUGAUGUAAUGCCACAUUGUGUGGUUGUGUAAGCAUCUUCAGGUCUUCUGGUUAUUAGCAAAAGUUAGUUACACAAUAAAUUUUAAAUAAGUGAUUUCUGAAGACACUAGAUAAUACAGUGAUAGGCUAUUCUGGCAAAUAUCAAAGGAAAUAGAAUGACAUUCAAUACAACGUUUCUUGGUGCAUCAUAUUUCAUUACCUAAGUGUCUGGGUACAACAAAUCCACAACCACAAUAUCACACUUUUCCAGUAUAAUUAUGUAAGUAAA